CCGCCAAUUUAAUCAACAAUUAACAAAUCUCUUCACCUUUUUCAUCCAUCCUUUCACACAUAAACAAUGUCAUGGUUGGCUCGCUCCUUCGCCAACUCCCUUCGGGUCGACGACGAUUACGCAGAAAACGACGUCGCAUCUAAUUCCCCUAACGACCCCUCACCUUCAAAACGCAAUGAACAAGAUAUUACAGAAACGUCGAGAGGAAGAGAAAGUGAAGAAGCAGAAGCGGAAGCGGAAGCGAGAGGCGUGAAAGAGGACCUUACAGAACUGAAACAAACCCUAACGAGACAAUUCUGGGGCGUCGCCUCUUUUCUCGCUCCUCCUCCCUCUACGUCAAAUGAUGAAUCAGUCUGUAAUUUGAAUAAUCAAUCAGAGCCGUAUGAUCGGCUUGAGGAAGGGGAAGCGUCUGAUUUAGAGGAAGGAUCCAGGAUCAAGCACGAUCUUGUGGAGAUCGGAGGGAGAUUAAUUUCGAAAAUGGCUUCGAAUUAUUUUCCGUUCGGAUCGGAUGAAUUUGAAAUUGAAAAUGAGGAAGAGGAAUUGGAGUGUGAAGAAACGAUUGGGAUUACCGAUGAGGUAUUGACAUUUGCUAGGAAUAUUGCUAUGCAUCCAGAGACUUGGUUAGAUUUUCCUCUUGAAGAAGAAGACGAUUUAGAUGAUUUCAACUUGUCUGAUGCCCAACGAGAGCAUGCUUUGGCCAUUGAACAACUUGCUCCUAGAUUAGCUGCUCUCAGAAUAGAACUUUGUCCUUGCCAUAUGACUGAAAGUUACUUUUGGAAAGUAUAUUUUGUUCUUCUGCAUUCAAGACUCAACAAACAUGAUGCAGAAAUUUUGUCCACACCUCAGGUAAUGGAAGCCAGAGCAUUGUGGAUGAAGGAGCUACAUAAACAAAUAAAGCCAGAGAAUGACUGGUAUGGAAGAAGCAAUACCUAUGAAAAUGACACAGGUAAUAAUUUAUUGCAUGAAGAUUUUGGGUAUGCUAGGACAUAUGAUUUUGAACCAACAACUAGUAGGGCAACAGAUUAUGAAACAGAGAAGCACCCAGUUGUAAGUACAGACAUGCAAUUCAUUGACAAGUCUGUCAUUGAAGAAAAGCCAGUGAUUAAACUUGAGAAUAAGGAUCUGCUGGUCGGGAGAUCCUCUAAGGUACCAGUCCCUAAUUAUGAAGAUGACUACGAUGACUGGCCGGAUGAGGAAGAUUCAGAUUUAGGCAGUUACAAAGCCACCAUCCCUUCGGGAAACGAAGAAGACUUCUCUUUCAGUGAUCUUGAAGAUGAUGCCAACAGCACCAUACCAAUGAAAUCUAAGAUACUUGCAAAGGGCACUGAAACUUCAACAUCAUAAAACCUAGGCGUGUAGCUUCAGCUAAGCGUAAGCUGUGCUGAUUGUGCUAUAGGUGGAAUUGCAAUGAAGGUUCUAUAAUGUGCCGUGAAACCUCUUGUACAUGAUUUGUCGGUUUAAUUCUCAAGUUUUGCGUAGAGCAAUUAUAUGUUGAUUUGUUGUGCAAAGGUUGUAAACAGGACAUAUUACGAACUUAGCAGAAUGUUAUGAUUUUGUGAAUGAAAUUGGCUUAAUUUUUCUCA